AUGGAACCAAAGCCAUCGCCGCCCGGGGCGCAGACACAAGGACCGCCGCACCACCAUCGCUCGACGUCCUCUGUAGCACCCUCGCCGAUCCACCAUCGCAGCGUGCCCGCAUCGCCCACGCAGACUCGGCCGGCAUCGAGCUACUACGAUCCCACCAAGGAAGAAAGAGCUGGCAACAGAGAUGCCGGAGCGAACAGCACGUCCUAUCAGCCGCCGUCACCACAGCAGACCCGAACACACUUCGAACAGCCACCGCCUGCGCCAUAUGCCAACGGCCACCACGCAGAGCAGCGACCGGCCAUGAGUCGCCAUCCGAGCCAGUCCUCGCCGCCCACCUCAGCGCACGCGCAUCCUGUCCCCCCUCCACCUGCAGAUGCGAGAUCCCAAGCACCGCCGCGAUCCACAAAUCCCAUGUCGAUGAUGAACCUCUUGUCCGAUGACACUGCGAGCACACCAGCGCCUCCGCCGACGCGGGAAGAGUUCAAGCAGCCUGCGCCAGUCCUGCCCCCAGCUCCCGCUCUUGCGCCUCCACCGCCACCAGCUGCUCCUGCGCCGGCCAAAGCAGCAAGUAGGAAGGCAAGCAGAGCCUCGAGCGCGUCGCAUCAAAGUGGCCGAGUGAAGGAUGGUGUACCGCCUCCUCUGGUGGCACCUCAGCAUGCUCCUCCUAUAGCUGUACCUCAAACUGGGCCUCCGAGCUUAACAAUCCGCGACACGGAAGCAGCGUACAAGGAGAUUGAGCAGCGUGAUCUGUCCGAUGUCGAGGCUGACAUGCCAGGCAUUGAGGGACCCAAGGUAGAGUGGGUGAACAGAACUCACAAGAGAGCACUGGACUUGGAGAUCGCCGAACAACAUAAGCGCAAGCGCAGGAGACUGGAACUGAUGCAGAAAUACCACGACCACUUCAGCGCAGCAUCUGACACCGAGAGAAGUGUCUUUGUGGAUCAGCACGAACACGAAGUCACGGAAGAGGUGCGGCUGAAGGAGGUUGAAGAGGACAAGGAGCGAAAGAAGGACCAGCAGCGCAAGCGACGCCGUGAAAAGGCUAUUGCGGACGAACAACAGAAGCGUGAGGAAGUGAUCCAGCAGAUCGCUUCCACGCAGGACGACGAAGAGAAGGAACGUUUGCAGCGAGAGGUCGCAAGACACGAUAAAAAGAUCCGAGACACACAGAGCAGACUGCAGGGCAUCACGCCUUCGAAGGAAUUCCGCAACGAGUCACCACACAACGCUGCCGCACUGGGCAGACAAGAGAGGGAGGUCAACCUGGACGGUGGUCUGAUGACUUCUUUCUACUCCAACAGCCGAGGCCCUGUCAACGACGAGGUCACUCCCGAAUUUUCAGCAAGUGGACGAGGUCGCGGUCGAGGAGGCCGUGGCGGAGGCACUGGUCGUGCACGUAAGAGUAAAGAGCAGAAACUCGCCGAAAAGGAGAACGCACGACAAGCCCAGGCUUACAUUGAUCAAGGACUGGACCUACCUCAGAUUGCACCAGCCACUGAGGAGAGACUGCAGGCCUACGGCGACCGGGUGCUUCCCAGGCAGUUGCAGCGCGAAGAUUCGGAACCACUCAGCGAAAUUCAGCCCACGAUGUACGACAUGCAACCGACUGCUGGUCUCACCGGAAUGGCAAAGUUCGAAAGCAAAGGCUACAAUCAAAUUUACGAGCAGAUCUCGCGAGAUCUGGCCAAGCAGGUGCCCAAAGUCACUCGCAUCAAGAACAACAGCCUUGACACGAAACAGAGUAAUGCUCGCAAGACCGCGCAGUUGGCCGCCAAAGAAGCUCGACGAUGGCAGCUGCGCACGAACAAGUCAACCAAGGAUGUGGCUGCUCGUGCGAAGCGUGCUAUGCGAGAAAUGCUCGGCUUCUGGAAACGAAACGAACGUGACGAACGUGAAGGCCGCAAAGUGGCUGAGCGAGCAGAAUUGGACAAGGCCAAGAAGCAGGAAGCUGAGCGCGAAGCUAACAGACAGAAGAGGAAGCUCAACUUCUUGAUCUCGCAGACCGAGCUGUACUCUCAUUUCAUCGGCAAGAAGGUGAAGACAGAUGAGAUCGAGAGACAUGGCACAGAUGCGGAUGGAACAGUUUCGAGUGGCCAGACCACAAGGGACAACCCCAAUGCAACACAGACCAUCGAUCUGCCGGACUCAGUUGCCAACCCUGGCAAGAAGGUCACAAACUUCGAGGAUCUGGAUUUCGAUGCCGAAGACGAAAGUGCUCUACAAGCCGCCGCCGCAGCGAACGCGCAGCAUGCUAUCAACGAGGCUAAGCAACGCGCAAUUGACUUCAACAAACCUGACGACGAUGGUCAGAAUCUGUCAGACGCUCAAGCCAACUUCGACGAGGGCGAGCUGAACUUCCAGAACCCGACCUCGCUGCAAAGCAUGGAUGUUGCCCAGCCAAAGAUGCUGUCGUGUCAGUUGAAGGAGUACCAGCUCAAGGGUCUCAACUGGCUAGUCAACUUGUAUGAGCAAGGCAUCAACGGUAUCCUCGCCGACGAGAUGGGUCUCGGCAAGACCGUCCAGUCCAUAUCAGUCAUGGCUUACCUGGCUGAGGUCCACGACAUCUGGGGACCUUUCCUGGUCAUCGCUCCUGCCAGCACUCUCCACAACUGGCAGCAAGAAAUCGCCAAAUUCGUGCCUUCGAUCAAGACGCUGCCGUACUGGGGUUCCGCCAAAGACCGCAAAGUUCUGCGCAAGUUCUGGGAUCGCAAGCACAUUACAUACAAUCGCGACAGUCCUUUCCACGUCCUUGUGACAUCUUACCAGCUGGUCGUGCAAGACACAGCAUACUUCCAGAAGGUCAAAUGGCAGUACAUGAUUCUUGACGAGGCACAGGCUAUCAAGUCUUCACAAUCUUCUCGAUGGAAGUCUCUGCUUGGGUUCAGCUGUCGUAACCGCUUGCUGCUCACCGGCACGCCUAUUCAGAACAACAUGCAAGAACUGUGGGCUCUGCUGCAUUUCAUCAUGCCUUCACUGUUCGACAGCCACGACGAGUUCUCAGAGUGGUUUUCGAAGGACAUUGAGAACCAUGCUCAGUCGAAUUCUAAGCUGAACGAAGAUCAGCUUCGGCGUCUACAUAUGAUCCUGAAGCCCUUCAUGUUGCGACGUAUCAAGAAGCAUGUACAAAAGGAGUUGGGUGACAAGAUAGAGCUCGACGUUUUCUGCGACCUGACCUACAGACAGCGCGCUUACUACACCAACCUGAGGAACAAGAUCAGCAUUAUGGAUUUGAUCGAGAAAGCAGCUGUGGGUGACGACCAAGAUACAGCUACGCUGAUGAACUUGGUCAUGCAGUUCAGGAAAGUGUGCAACCAUCCUGAUCUAUUCGAGCGUGCCGACACGUGGAGCCCAAUGUCGAUGUCGUACUACGCGGAGACUGCCAGCUUUAUGCGCGAAGGCAACAACGUGAACGUGGCUUACAGUGUGCGGAAUCUGAUCGAGUACUGGCUACCGACCAUGCUUGGAGACGGACCUGGCCGGCUGGAUCUGCCUGGUCCAGACAAUGCUCAAGCUGGAUGGAGGAACAAAGUUUUCAGCAACGACCUCAGCAUCUGGAGCGGCGAGCACAUCAAGUCGAGUCAAGGCAGGCGUCAAGAUGGCAAGACGUCCAAUGGCGCGUUUUCCUGGCUCCGAUUUGUCGAUCAGUCUGCAGAGGAUGUCAUCCGCACAGCACGAAGCACUCUGAUGCAGCGGGUCGUGGUGCUCGCCAAAGAGAAUGAUACCACAAGCAGCCUCAAAGUUGCAUACGAUGACGAGGAGGAGCAAGAGAACGCUGGCUUCACGCCGGUGCAUGCUAUGCUGAACAUUGUCAAGCGAAAUGCUCGAAAGCCGCUUGCUGAGAUCACCAGUGAAGGUCAUCUCAACAACCUCCUCAACAUCUCGAGCAGUAAGAUGGCGGAGCAAGGAUACAGCGUCAUCGAGACCUGCUAUCUACCGCCGGCCUCUGCGCCACCCAUCGAGCUGGUCUGCCCCGGAUACCGCGCUCAGAAUGAGAAGGAGAGUGCCUUCUUUGAUGUUCCUCUCAGACGUGCGCUCUACCCAAUCAGUACUGGGACUGAGGAGGCACUCCUGCGAGCGAAACUGCCGCCUUCAAAGUACCCCGUCACCAACAUGCUGCCAGAGCCAGAGUCAGAGAAGCAGCGAUACACCAAGAUCCAAGUGCCAAGCAUGCGUCGCUUCGUGACAGAUUCUGGUAAGCUCGCCAAGCUUGAUCAGCUGUUGCGCGAGCUCAAGGAAGGCGGCCACCGUGUGCUCCUUUACUUCCAAAUGACACGCAUGAUUGAUCUGAUGGAGGAGUACCUGACGUACCGCAAUUACAGGUACUGUCGUCUCGAUGGCUCCACGAAGCUCGAGGACCGAAGAGACACAGUCGCAGCAUUCCAGGCAGAUCCAAGCAUCUUCGUCUUUUUGCUAUCAACCCGCGCUGGAGGUCUUGGUAUUAACCUCACAUCCGCCGAUACCGUCAUCUUCUACGACUCCGAUUGGAACCCCACCAUCGACUCCCAAGCCAUGGAUCGCGCUCAUCGUCUCGGUCAAACAAGACAGGUCACCGUCUAUCGUCUCAUCACCCGUGGUACGAUCGAAGAACGAAUCCGCAAGCGUGCUCUGCAAAAGGAAGAGGUCCAGCGUGUUGUCAUUUCCGGACAGGCCGGCAGCAGUAACGUCGUGGACUUUAACAACCGAAGCCGUGAGAGCAACCGCACCAAGGAAAUGGCCAUGUGGCUUGCAGACGACGAUCAAGUCGAGGCCAUCGAGCGUCGCGAGGCGCAAGUCAUGGAGGAGGAAGCCAAGUCUGGUGGCAAGAAGAAGCGUAAGAACGCUGCUACGAACAAGCGCAAGGAGGUCAGCAUGGACGAGUUGUAUCACGAAGGCGAAGGUAAAUUCGACGACGGCGCUUCGCAUGAGCCUUCUGGCGCGGCCACACCGGUCUCCGCCAUGGAAGGCCCACCCGCAAAGAAGCGGAAGGGUACGAGUAAGAAGGCCAAGACCGUCAAACAGCGACUUGCUGUCAUUGACGGUGAGGUCUAG